AUGAGGAAGGAAGGAAGGUCGUACUUCGUCUUCGAGGCGGCCCGGAACGACAGCCUCAUGAACCAUUUCAAUCCUGCUAUUGUCCUAGGCUGGCUGGCCAAUAUCGACAUAUCUCCUUGCACCAGCUUACAGGCGGUUAUUACGUACGCUGCGAAGUACUGCAGCAAAUCUGAGAAGAAGACCGAGCCAUACUGCAAGCUGGCCGACCAGGAUUACUCGGCGCAAGAGAUUUCCCACCUGCUGCUCAACAUCCCUCUGCAGGAAGGUACGCGGAUGGUGGUGUACGUCGACUGCCGCCCGUUGGAGCAUCAUGCGCGGUCGUACCGCGUCGACGAUGAUGUCAAUGAGACUGUCGGCAGCUACCAGAAAUAUCUGGAGAGAAAUGGUCAGCAUGAACGAGUAACCUACCUUGAGUACCUUCAGUCGUACAAUCUCAAGACGUGGAGGAUACUCUGUGCGAACGCGAAGAAGAGGUUGAUGAUGGUCCAUCCGCAUCGCUACCCAGAGGAGUUGCUCACUGUGGGCGGGCAGCGGUUCGAAUCUUUCGCGGCCGCGUACCAAUACUGCCGACAGCAGCACCAUUCCCAUGAGGACGACCAUUACGGAGAGCCAGGAGCAAAGGAACUGAGGGCAGAGGACGAUCAGUUUGAGCUGGAGGAGCAUGUGGAUCCCGUUGUGGAAGAAGAUUGGCAUGAACUCGCCCGCAUGCUGCCGGAUCAUCCGCUGGGGGAAGAGGACAUCGACAUACUCGGCCGCCGAGACCUCGAUCGCAAAGCGGAGAACCCCAUGUCCCUUGAGGUGGAUGAUCAACCCUUGGAUGCUCGCGAUUCCCUAAAUCCGGAGCAGCGUCUAGUGUACGACACGGUCAUGGACCACUUUCUGACCCAGCACGCUUCCCAGCUGCUGCUCCACGUAGAUGGCGGAGGCGGCACCGGCAAGUCAUACCUCAUUAACAUACUCUCCGCCCACCUCCAAGCCGCCGCAGGCGGGAGGGGAACGCCUGUUUGGCGUGCCGCUCCCACAGGCGUUGCGGGAAAUCAGAUUUCGGGCACUACCUUGCACUCCCUGUUGCAUCUCCCAAUCAACAAAGACUUCAAGCCCCUGUUAGCGAUUGACAAGGCUCAGCUCCAGAAGAAGCUUAAGGAUGUCAAGUACCUGAUCAUUGAUGAGAAGAGCAUGCUAGGACUGCGUCAACUAUCAUGGAUCGAUGACCGUCUCCGCGAGGCGUUCCCGAAUCGGAAUGAGGAAUUCUUUGGCGGCCUGAAUAUCCUGUUGGUUGGCGACUUCUUUCAACUUCCCCCAGUGCUGCAGAAGCCGCUUUAUUACGACAAGGAAGUGCAGGGAGUAGAGAUCAAGGGCCGGAACGCAUAUCGGCGCUUCGACAAGACGGUCUUCUUAAAUGUUGUCCAGCGUCAGCGUGGUGACGACCAGGAGGCAUUUCGCACGGCCCUCGGGGAAUUGCGACUGCACCAACUAUCCAGGGAGUCCUGGAAGCUCCUCUCCAGUCGUGUACAGGCGAAGCUAGACGAUCGGGAGGUUGCCAAGUUCGACAACGCCUUACGGGUGUACGCCACGAAAGACAGGGUCAACGAGUUCAACCACUACCACCUCGACCGCCUCGGCCGGCCUGUCAUCCAGGUAAUGGCCAAAAACGUAGGCCCUGGCGCCGCGGCAGCGCCUGAUGACAAGGCGGGCAACCUUGCGAAGCAGAUCCCCAUAUGCAUUGGCUCCCGUCUGAUGCUGACGUCCAACCUUUGGCAGCCAGUUGGCCUCUGCAACGGCGCUCGUGGCACAGUUCACGAUAUCGGCUGGGCACCUGGGGCCGACCCCAUCCAAGACCCUCCCUGCGUUAUCAUGAUGGAGUUUGACAAAUACAGCGGACCGGUAUUCCUGACCACCCCUGAUGGCAGGAAGAUUGUGCCGAUUCUCCCAGUGGAGAGGGACUUCCUCAUCGGAGCCACUCUCUGCACUCGCACCCAGUUUCCUCUGAUCGUAUGCUAUGCAAUUACCGUGCACAAGUCACAAAGCAUCACCGAGGACAUGGUCGUUACAGAUCUGUCCUGCCGAGACUUCCAGACUGGUUUAAGCUACGUGGCCGUCUCACGCGUGAAGACGCUGCAGGGUCUGAUGCUGGAUGCGCCGUUUGACCGCAAUCACCUGACUUACGCGUCUCCACCCGAGGGCAUCAAAAUGAAGAUGAGGGAUCAGGAGAUCCGCAGACGACAGGUUCUUACUCGGAACCCCUACGAGACAUACCACGGGCCAGCGUAA